AUGGCGGAGAAACCCCAGCCGGUUAAGGUUCUGUACUGCGGAGUGUGCGGGUUGCCGCCCGAGUACUGCGAAUUCGGGUCGGACUUCGAGAAAUGUAAGCCCUGGUUGAUCCACAACGCGCCCGACAUUUAUCCGGAUCUCCUCAAAGAGGCCGGCGCGAAGGACGUCGAUAAGGUAUCGGGUCAGCUUCAGUCCGCUUCUAUAUCGUCCGAUGCUGGUCCUUCAAAACCGAAAGAAGAAGUUAAGCGUCUGCCAGGUGGGAAGAUAAAAAAGAAGGAGAAGCAGGAAGUUAUUAUCGAAAAGGUGACUCGCAACAAGCGGAAAUGUAUAACCACUGUGAAAGGCCUAGAGCUUUUUGGGGUUAAACUAAAUGAUGCAUCUAAGAAGCUUGGCAAGAAGUUUGCUACUGGAGCUUCUGUUGUGAAGGGUCCGACUGAGAAGGAGCAGAUUGAUGUUCAAGGAGAUAUUUCCUAUGACAUAGUGGAGUUCAUCACAGAUACCUGGCCAGAUGUACCGGAAACUGCCAUUUUCUUAAUUGAGGACGGGAAAAAGGUUCCAGCUGCAUAG